CCCUGGACUAAGGAGACAGACCUUUCUGGUUCCUUCUUCCAUAGGAGACUGGCACACAACACAAUUCAAUCCCCGCACCUCAAGCCCGCUUUGCCUCACAACCACAUCGGCCCUCUUACUCCAGGCCUCUACACGCACGCUCCUCACAACAGUGACAUUAAAGACCAAGAGGACGACAAUCCCGAGGAGGGGCUGCUUUCGAGGAGGUAUCCUGUCUGUAGGAGUAAUUUAAGGAGGGCGUUCUCAGCGGAGCCAGAAUGGCGCCAAAAUCUUCCAAGUCGAAGCGCAAAGCCCAUCCCCCUCCAUCCCCGCCGGAUGCUGCGCCGGAGACGGAGCAGCCCGCGCAAGCCCCGCCGGCGCCGGCGCCGCCGCUGGCGGUGAGCACGGUGCGCUUCGCGGAUCUGCGCCCCCCGCUCUGCGCGGAAACCCUGUCGGUGCUGGGGCGCUUCGGGUUCGAGUUCGCGACGCCGGUGCAGGCGGCGUGCGUGCCGCUGCUGUGCGGGAAUAAAGACGUCGCGGCGGAGGCGGUCACGGGCAGCGGGAAAACUUUGGCGUUCGUGCUGCCCGUGGCGGAGAUUCUCCGGCGAGUGGCGUCGUCGCUGAAGAAGUUCCAGGUGGGCGCGCUGAUUAUUUCCCCCACGCGCGAGCUGGCGGCGCAAAUCCAAGCCGUGGCGGAGCCGUUCCUCUCCGCCGCGCUGCCCUCCCUGCGCUGCGUGCUUCUAACGGGGGGGCACGCCGUCGGGGUGGACGUGGCGCGCAUUUCCGAGGACGGGGCGAAUGUGAUUAUAGGCACGCCGGGGAGGAUAGACGACGUGCUAUCGCGGCCUAACUGCGGGCUCGAUUUAAGAACGCUGGAGGUCCUUAUUCUGGACGAGGCGGACCGCCUGCUCGACCUGGGCUUCGCGGCGUGCCUCGAGUCCAUCCUGCACCGCCUGCCACGUCAGCGCCGCACGGGGCUCUUCUCCGCCACGCAAACUUCCGCGCUACAGGAGCUCGCGCUCGCGGGCAUGCGCAACCCCGUACGCGUGGAAGUGCGCUCGCUGGCGCGCACGGGCGCGGGGGGAGCGGGGGAAACUGCUGGCGCUGGUGCUGGUGGUGCUGCGCCAGGGGGAGGGAGCGCGCAGGGGAUGGCGGAAGGGGAAGCAGCAGCGGGAAGGGGCGCAGCGGAAGGCGGGGAUGGGGGUAGUGGCGUGGGUACGGAGAAGGCUGGCGCAAUGAAGAUCCCAGUGGGGCUCCAAGUGCAGGCCAUAGUGUGCGAUGGCGCUCGCAGCAAGUCCAGUCAGCUUGUGCACUGGCUGAGUCAGCACCCGGAUCGCAAAGUCAUGCUCUUCGUCAUGACCUGUGCAUGUGUGGACUACUGGGGCUCCGUGCUGCCCCUGCUCACCCCGCUCAAGGGCAUCGCCUUCUUCCCCCUGCACGGCAAACUCAAACAGUCGAAGCGCGAUGCAGCGAUCGCAGCCUUCCGAAAGGCCUCCAAGGGGGUCUUGAUCUGCACGGACGUGGCGGCGCGCGGGCUGGACAUAGCUGGCGUGGAGUGCAUUCUGCAGUACGACCCCCCGCAGGACCCCAAGGCGUUUGUGCACCGCGCAGGGCGCACUGCGCGUAUGGGGAGACAGGGCUCCGCGCUUGUGUGGCUGCUGCCCAAGGAGGAUUCAUACACGGAGUAUCUACGGCUGCAGGGAGUGCCGGUGGUGCUGGAGCCUGCUGCUGCCGAUGCUAUUGACGUCGUUCCUCAGUUGCGGGAAGCUUCGCGGAAGGAUCGUGCAGUGGUGGAGAAAGCUGUGCGAGCGUUUGUGUCGUUUGUGCGGGGGUACAAGGAGCACCACUGCAACUACAUCUUCAGGUUCCAAGAGCUGGAGAUGGGAGCAGUGGCCAUGUCGUACGGUAUUCUCAAGAUCCCUCGCAUGCCUGAAACCCGCCACCAUCCACGCCUCUUUGACGGGUUCGAGCCCGACAACACUGUGGACGUCUCCACGCUAACAUACAAGGAUAAGAAUCGGGAGAAGCAGAGACAGCAAUACCUGAAGCAGCAGCAGGAGGGGUCUGAAAACCCUCAGAAGGGGGAGAGACCUUCCAAGCCUGGAAAUCAGCAGCGGCAGCAGCAGGGCAAGGAUCAAGCAGCCAAGGGAAGCACAGCACGGGUUGACGUUGCCGCUCUGAAAUCUGUUGGGGCGCGAGCGGUGAGAAGAGCACGGCAGGAGGAUGAGGAGGACGAGAUGAAGCGUGAGUAUAAGGAGCUCAUGCACAUGAGGAAGCGGAAGAAGGGGAAGAAGCGGCCGGUGCAGGCAGACCUCGAUGACGACAUGGACAGUGUUGAUGGUGAUUUGCCCAAUAAGUCGGUAGAUGGGUCGGAUGAUCGGCUGGCGAGCCUUAGUAAAGAGGAUGACAGCCAAGGCGUUCACAAGCAGGAUUCUUUGCCUGAAGAUCGCAGUGCUGCCACAGCUGCAGGAUUCUUUGCUGGUGUUACUGCUGCUGCUGAUGCUGCCGGUAAUAGGGAUAUGCACUCCAGUGCGGUUGUGGAUGGGAGUAAGCAUGGUACUGCUGUUGGGAGAAGUGAGAAUGGCAGUCAAAGGCGUUUGGCGAGAAGGGUAAAAGGGAGCAGUGACGCCACGAUGAAGCAGGUUGGCAGCGCACGGCAUGCUGCAUGGAUGCUGUUGCGCAAAAAGAAGCGCGUGGCAGCAGCUAAGACCAGGGCCAAGGAGGCUAGGCAUCAGCCGAUGAGUUGAAGCAGCAGCCAUUCUUUGGUAUGCAUCAGCCAGCUUUGCGUCUUACUGGAGUCUUAGAUAGUGCACUCUGGGAUACAUGUGUCUGGUGACUGGGAACCGGCUCCAUUAUUCAAAGCAAUUCUAUGACUAAACGUUACGGCUGACUGGGUGAGUCCAAUUGUCAUCAUUGCAUAGUCCACAGGAGGUGUACACCUGAACAGUCAAAUGGGCCAA